AGAUGAAGUGGGGCCAAGGAUGGCACAUGCAAGGCCUCGGGUUCUAUCUCCAGCAUCACAAAAGAGUGAACAGGAGGUAUAAAAGUUCCUUAUUUUCUAGUGGCUUUAAGGCAGGAGGAGAAUAGAAACGAUUUGGAUUUAUUUGUAUGUUUUUGUCUUUCAGUCUUGUGUUUCCCCAUCAUGAUGCUCUUGAUUGUGCAUGAUGGAACAGCUUGCUAGGGAGAAUAGCUCCCCACUGUUGCCUUUUUUCUUUGAGACAACCAAGGAAUUUGUACCCCAGCUACCAAUACUGAGUGGCCUUCACCAUUUGUGCAACAUCUUUGGCUAGAGACUUGGCUUUUUGUCCUGGAAACAAGGGCCUAGCAGACCACUUCAUUGUUCUCCGUCCAUUUGAUUGCUCCAGAAGGUGAAAAUAAGAUUGCUGUGCUUGCCUGCCAGUGGGGUUGUGAAGCCAAAGAAAGAACAAUUCUUAUAGUCUCUGUGGCCUUGACAGGGAGUUGGCUGCUUUGGACUUUUCUCAAGUGAGGAAAACAAGAAUUAAAUUUAAUAUUAAAUAAAAUUCUCCUUUCCCCCUUCCUCUUUUCCUAUCUGUGGCCCACAAAUAAAUAGGCAUAAUCAUCAGCUUUUUUAAGUGACAAGUCUCAGCUUUCUUGUUUCAUUCAUUUGCAAAUUAACAACUUGUAAACCUCUAUCCAGGAGAGUCAUGGCUCAUUGCCCAUGUACAUUAGGCAGCUAAAAGCCUCUCAGUGGAAUGUAUUACUAUUCAAAAUAUUGUGAGUUUGGGAAAAUAUGCUGCAGUUUGACCUCCAUGACCUUACACGUCCUCCUUUGCUGUCUUGACUCUUAGCAGCUGCAGAGAGUAACUCUGUAGGGGCCCCAUCUGUGGGCUAGCCACCCAACGUCAAACAGUUCUUUAGCGUUUAUUUAUAUUCCUGACUUCUCUGAACAACAAGUUAUGGAUUCUCAGGAGCAUUUGAAAUGCUAUUUCUGGUAUGAGAGUGAAUGUUAAGAUGGAAUAAAUAGCUUCUCAGCUAUCUUUGCACUCUUGGAGACAAAAGUCUGACGUGGUUGAUCACACUUUGGAGCCUCCACUAGUGUGCAGAUACUCUUUAGUUGCCCAGAAGGGUUUAACCCAUGAUGGAUUAACACAGAAAUCUUACACUGAAAGGAAGAUUUAGGCAGUACAUUCAAGGUGUUCAGAGAAAGGGGCAGUAACCAUAAACUGAAGAGCUGGCCUGGUGGGAUUUGAGGUCUCAGCAGGUAGGUAGACAGUAGACCAGGUAACCUAUUUCAUAAAGCAUGUAAAAUAGAAGGCCAUGGGAACUUUCCAUUGCUUGGAAGAAAGGUCCCACUUAGUCUUCUUGUUGUCUGCCUAUAUUUUAGUUUGGUUCAAGAAGUAGAAGAGCUGGACAGUGGUAGUAUACACCUUUAAUUCCAGCACUCAGGAGGCAAAGGCCGGCAGAUCUCUGUGAGUUCAAGGCCUGCCUGGUUUACAAGAGCUAGUUCCAGAGCUAGCUCCAAAGCAACACAGAGAAACCCUGACUUAGGGAAAAAAAAAAAAAAGUAGAAGAAAGGACUUUAAAGUUUUUUUGUUAAAUUUUUUAUCUUGAUUUUGUUGGGCUUUUUGGUGUUUUAAGCUAUAACGUAUCAGGAUCUGUUAUCUGGUGUUGGUGAAAGAGAGCAAGACUGGAGAUCUUACCAGAAUGUGCUCCUCUCUGGUUUCAAACUGGGCCUCCAUCCCGUUGACCACCUCCAAGAAAAUGGUCUCUAAUCGGCUAUGAGCCCAGGUUAGGGCUCCAUUUCCCAGACAAGGACCUACUCUACAGAGGUCCACAGGUCUCCACUCAUCCCUACACACACCCUCCCUUAGCCUUGCAUAGGCUGUGAUCUGGGAAACUAAGUUGAGCUGCCUAUAUUCCCACUAGGGAGCUCAUGAAGCCCAGCGAAGCCAUACUAGCUCUUGCUGAGGUCACACAUGUUCUGCGUGUGGCAAUGCACUUAAAGGAACAUGUCAAAGGCUAUGUAGCAGGCCUGAGAAAGUUAACUGCAGACUUAGAGAUAGGAAUGUGGAUGAAUUUGCCAAGACAUGAUUGCCCUUUUAUACUUCAAACAUUAACUGUAUUUUGAUCCUUGUGGACAAGGUAGCCAUUGACUGCUGGGGAAAUUACUUGAUGAGCAAUUGUCAUAGUUUUAUCUGCUUUAAAAAAAAAAAGUUUCUCAGGUUUCAGAGCUCUCUAGGAUAGCCUGUAAAGAGAAGGGAGUACUUAAGAUUGAACCCAGGGCAUGUAAAGAGAAGGGAGUACUUAAGAUUGAACCCAGGGCCUUGUACAUUUGUAGGCAAGUGCUCUUCCACUAAGGUGCAUCCUGUGCUACUGAGAACUUUUUAAAUUUAAAGGUAACUUGGUGUGUAUGUGUCUGUUUCACUGUUCCUCCUAAUUGAUGCAAAAGGAAAUCAGAGUCUUCUUGGAGGAAGGAUGGGCCUCAUGACUGAAACUUUUUUAAAGAGGCAGUGGAUCUUUUCUUUGAGAGCAGUCCCAUUUCCUUUGAGGAGAAAACCUUUAGCAUGCAGUGAUGGCUUGCUGACUCAAGGCCAGCUAUGGAAUGAUUUUGUCUGUCUGUUCCUGAUUUGGGAGGUGACUGAGAAGAGCAGGCUCCAGCCUCUAGCCGGCAGGAAUGUCUUUUUAAACAGUCAGGCAGAUUCCCAGAUUAGAAGGAGUCUGUGCAGCUGAUGUCACUAUUUCCUGAGUAAUUCUGGGUGGUUAUUCACUGUAUCUGGCUGCCAAGGGCCAGAAUCUGUGAAUGAGCCUCAUUAUUAGGACUCCAGGUUGCAGGCAUGGAGGGAAGAACUGAUUGUUGCCACAGUUAAGACGAAGAUUUAAAGACUUGCCACCUACCGAGUCCCAAGGAGGCGGUGGGGAGUUAGGGGGGCUGGCCACGCUCCCUGGGCUGCAUUCUGAGGCCUUUACAGGAUGGCACACAGCCAGGACUGAGACACCGCCCGCAUUGCCAGGGAGGCCGCAGUGCAGUCUGGUGGUGCACAAUCCUAGAGGAAGAGAAGGUGCAGCAAGAAGAACGAAUGAGGAUGGAGUCCAGAAGACAGGCGACUGUAUCCUGGGAUUCUGGAGGGUCUGACGAAGCACCACCCAAGCCCAGCAGACCUGGUUAUCCUAGCCCAAGGUCCAGUGAAGGAUUUUAUCCCAGUCCACAGCACAUGGUCCAGACCAAUCACUACCAGGUCUCUGGCUACCCAGGUUCCCAUGGAAUCCCAGCAAUGGCCGGCAGCAUUUACCCAGGUCAGGCAUCCCUUCUGGACCAGACAGAAUUAUGGAAUCACAGACCUCAGGAGAUGUCCGUGUGGCAGCCCAGUGUGGAGGACUCAGCAGCUUUGGACCUUCGAGGAAUGGGACAGGUGCUUCCUCCUCAUCUGAUGGAAGAGCGGCUAAUCCGGCAGCAGCAGGAAAUGGAAGAGGACCAGCGCUGGCUGGAGAAGGAAGAGCGAUUUCUGAAACCUGAUGUGAGGCUCUCUCGAGGCAGCAUCGACAGGGAGGACGGGAGUUUUCAGGGUCCGACUGGAAACCAACACAUCUAUCAGCCCGUGGGGAAACCAGAUCCUGCAGCUCCACCAAAGAAACCACCACGCCCUGGAGCACCUGGCCACCUAAGCAACCUGGCAAGCAUCAGCAGCUCUGGGGACAGCUACAAUGAGGGUGUCAAGCUUCAGCCCCAGGAAAUCAGCCCCCCUCCCACUGCCAACCUCGACCGGUCCAAUGACAAGGUAUAUGAGAACGUGACGGGCCUAGUGAAAGCUGUCAUUGAGAUGUCCAGCAAAAUCCAGCCAGCUCCUCCGGAGGAAUACGUCCCUAUGGUGAAGGAAGUCGGCCUGGCCCUGCGGACCUUACUGGCCACUGUGGAUGAGACCAUUCCUGUCCUCCCAGCCAGCACACAUCGAGAGAUUGAGAUGGCACAGAAGCUGCUGAACUCUGAUUUGGGUGAGCUCAUCAGCAAGAUGAAGCUGGCUCAGCAGUACGUCAUGACCAGCCUGCAGCAGGAGUACAAGAAGCAGAUGCUGACAGCUGCUCAUGCCCUGGCUGUGGACGCCAAAAAUCUACUUGAUGUUAUUGAUCAAGCAAGACUGAAAAUGCUAGGGCAGACACGACCACACUGAGCCACUGGCCAUUGAACACGGCUUUCUGCCCUUUGGGAGAGCUUCUCUAGCAUUCCACCAGCAGCAAGGAAGUAACCGUGUCCUCCGAAGUCCACACUCACAACUCCAACUGAAUGACAGCUAGCUGAAAGUCUCUCUCUCAUAAGUUUAACCACAGUAUGUGUGGUUUUGAUUUGUUAUUUUUCUAAAUAAUGUUCAGAAAAAGUCUGGAUCCAAAAUGUGGCAUUUUUUUGAGAAUGAAGAUUGUACAUUAAGAAGCUUUUAAAAUAUACUUGGUGUUGGAAUUGGGAUGUGUGCUUCUAGAAGUGGUAAUUCCUACUGACUAUGGCUUAAAGUUGGAAGAGGAGUGUCUUAGGAGGGAGGACUCCCUAAGAGCCCAGAGGCUGGCCAUCCUUCCUGCCAGAGUUCCUGUCCAGGCUGGGAUGCGAUAUGCUAAUCUCAUUUACAGAGAAAGUGCAUAAAAGCUAUAUUUUGAAGACUCAGUGGUUUCAGAAGAAAACUUCUGCCCUCCCUGUCUCUACCUUUUUCUUUCCCGUGAAUACUGAAGCAUUGAGUUGCAAACGAUCUAUAGAACUGACAAAAACUCUUGUCUUUCCUCACCAGAAUUCUGUGCCAGUUUUUUGUAGCAAUGUAAUUUUUCUUGGGAGCAGAAAUGCUUUGUACCAGAGCACUCCCAACUGCAUCAAGAAGUUCCAGAACCAUCCCUGUUCUCCAUUUUUAUAUAAUUUAUAAGAAUGAUUAAAGCCAUGUUGACUCUUACAGCCA